GACAUGUAUUCGCCAUUUUGCUCCUUUAGUGUGUUUGUGUGUGUGUGGGAUACCGUCCGUGUGAAUACCUCACAAGCUUUUAAACAUUUAACACUAUCGACACCACUUAAAACAACCGAGGGCAUGCCUGCAAUGAGACAACAGUAGUAGCAACAGAACGACAUGGAAAUUUGGAAGUAAUCUUAGAUCGCUUCGUCGAGCGUCAAAGAAGGGGAGCAGCAAAAAUGCGAGGCUGAAGCAAUAACAACAAGACUGUCCAUCACCAACUGCUAAAAUGAAAACACCAAGCAAGCAAGCAAGAAAAGAAGAGGGAUAUCACUGUCCUCACCUGGUUGCAUUUUCUUCCUUGAAUUCUCCAGUUUGACAACACCUUGCCAUUCUCAAUAAUGAUACUAGGAUUAAUUCCCCAAGAGUUACAUGAGCAGCUCUUGGACUUUAAAAAUUACCAAAACCGUACAAAUGGUGUGGAAAAACUUAAACAAAUUCUGUCAGAGGUGGACAUACUGUCUAUCCCAUCUGACAGUAUUGAAGAAUUUAUACAUUUCCUUUCUCGCCUUCUGGAUGAUAGUAAUUUUAAAGUUUUGUAUGGCACCCUACAAGUUUUGAAUUUACUCAUUCAGCAGCUAGAUAAUAGACUAAACAAACACUUUCAACAAAUUAUUCAUGUGGCUCUCAAAGCUCUUGGGGACACCCGUACUAUCACCAGGAAUGAAUAUAUGAAUGUGUUUCGGCAGCUGAUGAAAGUGAUAGCACCACAGCAAAUAUUGGAUCUAGUUAUAGGCAACUUGAAACACAAAAAUUCAAGGAUACGAGAAGAUGUCCUUAACAUCAUCACUGUUGCUUUGCUCACUUAUCCAAGAAAGAAUUUUAACAUUCCUAAGCUUUGUCAUGAGGUCGCCCCAUAUCUCGCAGAUGGCAAAAGAAAAGUGCGACUUGCUGCAUUGGAGCUUUUUGCUGUUUUCGACCAUUGUCUUGACACAGGGAAGAAGCAGCCCUUAAUAAAAGCUGUUGACAUGGUUGAGCUUAACGAGGAUGCUGAGGGUCUCAUGGCAGCCGUACAAGCAAGAAGGGCCAGGCGCUUUCUCCCUAAACUCUCCCCAGAGGGUAUUGUGGAGUAUGCAUUGAUAGUGCCCAAACCAGGACAACGGAGCUCAGGGCAGACCGGAGCUGAUUUGGACUGGGUGAUGAACGGUGGGAGGAUUAGCAGCGCGAGGAGUACCAGGACCGAACCAGACUGCGACAGAUUACAUGGCUACAGCAGUCUCGGUUCUGAUGAUAUGCCUGUUCAGAGGAGGAUUGUGAGCGCAGGAAAAGGGAAGAAUAAACUGCCUUGGGAGAUGAUUACUCUGUCAUCCACCGAGAAUGACCAGCAAUGCAAUACACCUGAUGGAAAGGUUACCAAUGAAGACUUUUUCCCUUUCUCAAGAAAACUAAGCCCAGAAACCUACAUACCCAGUUUCAGCUCAGCAGAACCUCCAAGGCUCCAGUCAUCAAGAAGGAAUGAAUCCCCUGUGCGCCUCAAAAGGAGUGGUAGCCUUAACCUUGACCAGGACAUGUUCAAGACCACAAACCUCUCUGAAAUAGAUUCAACCAAGGGAAGUAUGCUCUCAAGAAACCCUAGUGUUGAGCGUACAUUUUCUCUACCAACCAAGUCUUCCUCUACUGGCUCCUUUCUACUGCCUUCCUAUCCACUGGCCUCACUUCCAGGCAGUGUCCCCACUCCAACUCUCCCUCGUCGCCAUGUAGACUCCCCUCUCUCCAUGUCGAAUACUUGGCCAAACAAAAGAGACACUAGUCCUCACCAGCGAGAUCCUAGCCCCUGGAGAGAUGUAUCGAGCUCUACAAAAGAUGGAAAAGAAAGUCGGUGUUCUCCCAGGCCUGUUCGUGCUUCACUUGUUAGUUCUUCUUCAACAUCCUCAUUUCGAAGAGCACUUAAUAGUACAAGAGCAAAUAGCUCUGUGUCCCCGGUUAUCCCUGCAGGAGAACAGAAUGACCAAUUAGAAAUGAGAGAUUUUAGUACAGACCCUGGGAAUAACAGCAUGGACCAAAACCUUGAAGAGGAGGACCCCUUGGACAUGCAGGAGAUGCUGAAUUCACUGCGCUCCUUACGAAACAGUGCUGCCAAGAGAAGGGCCAAAGUGACCCUUAGUAACUCAGAUGUGGAUCCAGACAGUCCGGAUUCAGCUGUGAGGUUAGACCUGGGUCUAGAUUCACCAUCACGUACUCCACCGAUGCUUACAAGCUCAGCGAGUGAAAGCGGGCUCUCCAGCCUUGGCUCUGCCGUCAACUGCAGCCUUAAUGGAAUAAAAACUAGCCCAAGAAAUUCUUUGUCCUUUGGGGUGAAAUCUCACUUUACAAGCAUGCCUUCUGCACAACUGAGAUCCUCAGUGUCCAUGGACUUCAGCAGCCUCCAAGGAUUGUCUCAGAGGAAUGAGUGGUCAAGUGAAGUGGGUGUUGUUGGACACUCCUUGUCAUACACAAAUGGAACAACUAAAGCUGAGAAUGAGAACAGAGAAAUUUCACAUCAAAUGGUCAAACCCAUUCCACGGGAAUCAGUCCGAGGAAUGAAAGGUGCCAAAGGCUCUCACAGCCAGAGUAGCAAGAAUUCAUCAGGUGUCGAUAUGCUUGAAGGAGUCAUUGGAAGAGGCAUGUUUGGCUGUGCUUCCUUGACACUUGAGCAGGGUGACUUGGUAGCCAAGCCCCCCAGCGACGUGUACUCAGCAAUAAACAGCCAUACAAACAUGGCUAGCAUGCAGACUGAAAGUGAUGACAGCCCACGCUCAGAUGUGGCCAAGGACAGUACAAGAGCUGUACGUUUAAGCCGGGAUAAAAUACGGCAUCAGCGCACAAACAUGUCUGAUGAGCUAAGUCAUGGAGAACAAACACGAGAAAGAAUUCGCCAUCGUGUCCAGCAGAUGCUGUCUGAUUCACCCACAGGUGAAAAUACACCAUUAAUCAUCAAAGAUCUCCAUCUAAAUGGCAGCAUACUGAGCUCUACCAAAUCUAAUAUUUUUCCAACUGACCUCCUCAUCUCUUCGAGAACUCCUGUCAGCCCAUCAGAAACCCAGACCCCUGUUAAGAGCUUCACUCCUUCCCACCAGCCCAGUCCUCCUGCAGUGCCCCCAAACCCCAAAAGUGUGUCCCGUCUGAGGCGGGCAGCUAGCCUUGGCAGGACACGGGCCUCACAAUCUCACUGCCCAGAUGAGCUGAUCUCUUCUCUGGGCCACAAAAACAAUUUCUCAGAAGCUGCUGAACUAUCUCCAUUUUCCAAGCCUGAAGUUGCACUGACCCAGAGCUUCAACCUCCUGAGCUCAGAUGACUGGGAGAAGAAGAUAGAAGGACUUACUUUUCUGCGCAGCUUGGCAAACUACCACUCUGACACUCUCCAGAGCAGGCUUCAUGACGUGUGCCUUUUACUCACUCAAGAGGUUAAAAAUCUGCGCUCAGGUGUGUCAAGGGCUGCUGUGUGCACACUUGGUGACUUCUUUAGUCAUCUGCAGAAAACAAUGGACCAAGAGCUGGAGGGGACAGUUAAAGCCUUACUGCACAAAGCAGGAGAGAUCAAUGCCUUCAUUAGACAGGAUGUGGAUGCAGCUCUAGACUGCAUGGUGCAGCACUGCACUCCAACGCGGAGUAUUCAUGCUUUACUUACUGGAGGCCUUGGUCAUCCUAAUGCUGUUGUGAGGAAGUACACCGCUCAGCAUCUGGCUAAUCUAGUGGACAAGGUUGGUGCUGCCCGUGUCCUGUCUGGAGGUAAAGAACUUACAGACAGGAUCUUGCCUGCGAUUACAAAACUGUCACAAGACUCCUCACAAGAAGCCAGGUAUUUUGGUCGACGCAUGCUGCUUUGUCUGUCAUCACAUCCCGACUUUGAAAAGAUUCUUGAGAAAUAUGUUCCCACCAAAGAGCUACCAACUAUCCGAGACACUGUCCUAACUUUAAAGACAAAGGGUCUUGGUGACAUGCCCUCAGACAACCAGUCAGCCAGAGGCAGGCGUUCCUUGCCAGGCAGCGGAACAGUCAGAGCCUCAUCUCUCACCAGAGAACCUCUCAAUCAAACCACAAGAGAAUCAAAUGCUCUCUACAACUGCAGAACUGCACAGACUAUAGCUGAUAAGACUGAAUAUGUGAAGCAGAUGUCAAGUCUGCUGGGUUCAAAGGACUUCCGAGAGAGGAUCAAGGGAAUCGACCAGCUAGUGGCAGACUGCCAGAACAAUCCCAAUGUGGUUAUCAAUACUAUAUUCCCAGUUUUUGAUGUCUUCAGGUCUCGGUUGCAGGAAUCAAACAGCAAGGUCAACCUUUAUGCUCUAGAAUCCCUGCAGAAAAUUAUCCCUUUGUUGAAAGACAACUUAUCCCAAGUGGUUAACAUCCUUGUCCCAGCAAUUGUUGACAAUCACCUCAAUUCUAAGAAUAAUGCUGUUUACACUGCUGCUAUUGGAGCCCUAAAUGCACUAAUAUCAAAUCUUGAUAAUGUACUCCUUCUUCAGCUUUUUUGUACCAAGGCUCAAUUUUUAAGUGGCAAAGCAAAAGUUGAUCUUAUUGAAAAGGUUGCAGAGAUUGUGAGUGAACUUUACCCCCGCAAGCCCAACAUGGUGGAGCAGAAGGUGCUGCCGUUACUGUGGCACCUCCUGGGAACAUCUACUCACAGCGGCACAGUUCAUGGGCGAGGUGGCAGUGUGAGGGGUGCAACAGUCAACCUGUGCCAAGCCCUUUAUGCCCAGAUGGGACACAGCCUGAGCGACUGCGCUGCUUCUCAAUCCACCAAUGUCCACAAAAGUUUCAUUGAGGUACUGCGAACAAUAAAAUAAAUGGAAACUCACAUACAGAUUUUGAAGAUUACUUGAAGAUUUUCCUUGUGCCUGCACUUUUAUAUCAAUUAAGACAACAUCCUUUAAUAUUAGGAGCUCUUAUUCUUAUCUCAGUGAGAUUUUCUCUGGUACAAAACCUGAGAACAUCAGGUUUCAUGUACACAAACUGCUCUCUUUGCACUUUUAAAUAUGAACUCAUGUUAAACUCUAUAGAUUUUAUCAUUGCUUUUUCAGAUUCUAAUGUACUGUAGAAAAGAUCAAGACUAACAGAAUGUACCAAUGAAAUGCACAAAAAGUAAACGGUUCAAGACAGGGACAUGAGAGUUGUAUAUUUUUGCUGUAUUAUUAAAUGUGAUGUAAUUUUUUUUUAAUCUUAUAUUGAUGUUUUGUGAGAUAACACAAAUUCUAUAAAAAAUUAUUGUGUACUGCUCAGAUGUAUAUUUGCACAGUAUUAACAUCAUAUUCAUGUAUGCUGUAUAAUUAAACAGUAUCAAAUGUGUCUGUUGUGUUGUAAUCAUGCUCUGUACUGUUUGGCCUUUUAUGUAUGACAGAACUGAUUUCCACUUAAGAUAAACAUUUCAUUGUUGCCUACAUCGAUGAUGGUUUGAAGGCAUUGAACCAGGGAAAGGGAUAAGGGUUCAGAUGUAAAUCUGACAAUGCCUAAUCAACAGAUUCUCUGUCCUUGAGUGUAGUGCCAGUCUUUAUAGUAGCCCUUUCACUAUACUGUACAGUACUAAGCUUGUGAGCAUUUGGAAACAGAGACUACUAUAAAUAAAAUGUUUAUUUCUGUAA